AGAGAGAGAGCCUAAUAAGAGACAAGCAGGGGAUUCCAAUCCGUCAUAGAGAUGACAUCACAGUCUGCCAGUAAUAAAAAAAGCAGCUAAACAAGGGAGUCCCCACUUCCCCUCCCUCCCACACAUCAUCCCACAGAAUGAACAGAGAGAGGGAGAGAGUAGUGCUGGGGUAAGUAACUCUCAUUAGUUCACAGAGAAAGAGAGAGUCCCUUUUAAGGGGUUCACAUCCACACAAGACUGCUGUGCUGUGACGCCUACAAACACACUUAUAGCUGUCUCCAUAGUGACCGGAUUUGCUGCCCCAGCUUGAGGAGGAAAUGCCAGACACUGUGUUUCAGCGCACAAACACACACGCGCGCGCGCGCACACACAAACAGCUCUAUUCUAACCCUUUGUCCGGCAACGACGGAAAAACCUCAUUUCAUUUUAUCAAUCUCCUACCUCGCUCUGUCUUUUUUCCUCUUCCUGUCCUCACCAUUUUCCCAUUCUCCCCUCCUCCUCUACUCCCUCCCUCCCUCCCUCUCUCCCUCUCUUGCUCUCUAUCUCUCUCUGUCCCUUUCCCUCCCCUGCCAGUGCUAAGUUCAUUGAAGUAGACAACAGAGAGAUGAAAGAGAAGAACCCCUGGCACACGCCUGCGACCAUCAUCAUCACUGUGAUUGGCGUCAUAGCGAUUGUUGCCUUGGUGACAGUAGCAGUUGUGCAGAACAUGCCCCUACCCAAAAAGUACAAGUAUGGGAUCGUGCUUGACGCUGGAUCCUCCCACACAGCUCUGUAUAUCUAUAGGUGGCCAGCAGAGAAGGUUAACGACACUGGCAGAGCUGUACAGGUGCAUUCCUGCAAAGUUAAAGGUGCAGGUAUCUCUAGCUAUGCCUCUGAUCCACUGAAAGCAGGGGAGUCUCUAAAAGUAUGCAUGCUGGAGGCCAAGGACCAGGUCCCCAGUAAAAGACACCAGGAGACCCCUCUUUAUCUGGGAGCUACUGCUGGAAUGAGAUUGCUAAAUAUAGAGAACAGUACAGCGUCUGACAGGGUCUUUCAGGCCGUGUCACAAGCCCUGCAAACGUCCCCCUUUUCCUUUCAAGGAGCGAGGAUCAUUAGCGGUCAAGAAGAAGGAGCCUUCGGCUGGAUCACAGUCAACUAUUUGGAUGAUCGCCUCAAACAGGGUUUGGAAACCACAGGAGCUCUUGAUCUUGGCGGGGCCUCCACUCAGAUUAGCUUUGUUUCCGAUAAUUAUGAUGGUUCAGAGUCACCCAAGAACUCUGUGACAUUCCGACUCUACGGAAAUGACUAUAACCUGUACACACACAGCUUCCUGUGUUACGGGAAAGACCAAGUUUUACGUAUGGCGCUGGCACACCAGACUCAGUCAGGUCCAGAAACAGUAUUAGAUCCCUGUUUCCACCGAGGCUACACUGCAAUAAGGAACUACUCAGUCCUUUAUGACACCCCCUGCGUGUCAGACAGGAAACCCCAACCAGCUCCUGUAGCCUUCAAUCACACAGGGACAGGAGACUUUCAAGAAUGCCAGGGAGUUGUCAGAAGAGUCUUCAACUUUACUGACUGCAAAUACAGCCAAUGCUCUUUCAACGGGGUCUUCCAGCCAUCUUUGCAAGGGCCAUUUGGGGCUUUUUCUGCUUACUACUUUGUGAUGAACUUCCUCAAUCUGACUGAUACAUCCAUCCCCCUGGAAGUUGUCAAGAAAAAGCUAACAGACUACUGCGCUACCCCUUGGAAGCAGAUUAAGGAGAAGUUUCCACAUAUAAAAGAAAAGUAUUUGGCUGAGUACUGUUUCUCUGGCACGUACAUCAUCACCCUGCUGACAGAAGGAUACAACUUCACCUCGGCGGACUACCCGAACAUAAAAUUCAUCAAGAAGAUAAAAGACAGUGACGCAGGCUGGACGCUGGGCUACAUGUUGAACCUGACCAACAUGAUACCAGCAGAGGCUCCUGCCAAGCCCCCUCUGCCCCACGAAGGCUAUGUCUCCAUCGUCACCAUCAUCGCCAUAUUGCUGUUCGUCCUCAUCAUCUUCAGCCUACGUCCAAUCUGGCCUCGCUGCUCCAAGCAGCCACAGAUCAUAUAAACACAUACACAGAGAUGAAACAAUCAUGUGAGGGAGGGAAUGUGUAUGUGUCAGUGUUGGUGUGGAAUAUCCUACCAACUGGUGAAAAGACUGUCAACUUUUCACUUUGUAGCCUUUGUGGGGAGGUUAAAGGUCAAUGUCUGCUUAUAUGAGGAUAUUACAGAAGGACAAAUGCUUUAUCUUCUCCAGUUGGAGGACAAUUUCUGUGAGUGAAUGAGUGAAUGAGUGAGUGAGUGAGUGAGUGAGUGAGGGAGUGAGUGAGUACGUGAAUGAGAGUGUAAUGUUUAAGUUUUGAAUGCGCACUUGAAUGCGUGCAUGAGUGUGUGUACCCACAUCAGUCUGCAUGUAUGUGUCUUAAACUAUGAUGUGAAUAUGAUACUGUACAAAUAAAAUAACUCAAGUUUAUAUAUAA